AUGCAGGACCACCACCACACUGUACGCAUAGGUGGUAGAAAAUCCAAAUUGGCUGUGGUUCAGUCGCAUGAGAUCAAGGACUUGAUCGAAACUGCGUUUCCGCACUACAAUUGCACUGUUCGUGCCCUCAAGACAUUUGGAGACCAGGUCCAUACAAAACCCCUCUACUCAUUCGGUGGUAAAGCGUUGUGGACUAAAGAACUCGAAGAUUUGCUAUACGAAAAAGACAAAGAAAAGCGCAUAGACCUUAUAGUACACUCGUUGAAAGACAUGCCCACUUCACUACCAGACGGGUUCGAGAUUGGGUGCAUUACGAAACGUGUCGACCCCAGCGAUUGUCUGAUCAUGGCCAAAGGCAGCCACUACAAGGGUCUCGACGACCUACCAGACGGUAGUGUCGUUGGAACCUCGUCAAUAAGAAGAUCCGCACAGUUGAGACGCAGGUUCCCAAAACUUGUGUUCGAAAGUGUCAGAGGUAACAUCGAAACGAGACUGAGCAAGCUUGAUGACCCGGUGACUCCAUUUUCAUGCAUCAUAUUGGCAACCGCCGGGCUAGUGAGACUCAACCUCGAGCACAGAAUCACACAACGUUUGAACUCCUCUAUCAUGUACCACGCGGUUGGACAAGGUGCUUUGGGUAUCGAAAUACGGUCGAAAGACCCAUGGGUAUCCGAAUUACUGGAGAAAAUUUCUGACAAGCACUCCACCAUCUGUUGUUUGGCGGAAAGAUCACUUAUGAGAACUCUGGAAGGUGGAUGUUCAGUGCCAAUAGGCGUGGAGUCCUCUUACGAAGAUACCACCCGGACCUUGCGUCUGAAGGGUGUAGUGAUCAGUGUCGAUGGAACCGAGGCCGUCGAGGAUGAGUUCUCCAUGGUCAUCGACGAUACUCGCCAAGACUCGAUCAUCUGCGGACAGCAGCUGGCGCAGAAUAUGAUAAAAAAGGGCGCCAAAAGCAUUCUGGAUCAGAUCAAUCUCGACAAAGUUGUACAAUAA